UCAACGUUACUGGAGGAGUUGUCAGAUGAUUAUUUGUGUUACAGAUUUAUACGCUUCGAAUUUAAUUCAAUUAAUUGUAAUAUAAAUAAAUACUAAAUGGCAGCGAUAGAUAAAGUAAAGAUUCUUGUCGUGGGUGACUCUGGCGUUGGGAAAACCUCAUUAACGCAUUUAAUAUGCCAACAACAAACAAUAAGCAAUCCCUCAUGGACGAUAGGAUGUUCAGUCGAGGUCAAACUGCACGAGUACAAAGAAGGAACGCCAAAUCAGCGCACAUACUUCAUAGAGUUAUGGGAUAUCGGCGGUAGCCAAAGCCACCAGAAUACCAGAUCUGUUUUUUACAAUCCCACAAACGGUAUAAUUUUGGUUCAUGAUCUGACUAACAGGAAGUCUCAGCAAAAUCUCCAGAAAUGGCUACAAGAAGUUUUGAAUAAGGAUGGGAAUUACUCAAAACACAAAUCUUUCGAUGACUUUGAUCCUGAGCACUUUGUUGGCUCCACGCAGAUACCAAUUCUGGUUAUUGGUACAAAGUUGGAUUUGGCAGCAGAGGUCAGGUCAAGUUUAUACCGUCGUUCGUCCACAAUUGCCGAGGAAUGUGGUGCUGAUGAAAUAUUUCUGGAUUGUCAUCAGGUCAGAUCUCUGGCUGCAGGCUCGAGUUCAUCGGUAAAAUUGAGCAGAUUUUUUGACAAGGUUAUCGAAAGAAGGUACUACGCUAAUCGAGAAGGAAUCAGUCCAGACAAACGACGAAUUCCUGUAUACUCCCCGCAGUAUAGUCCAAAAUUUUAUCACAACGAUUGAAAAUUAUGUGAACCCCCGAUGGUUUACAUCCACAUCUUAUUUCGAAAUUUGAAUUACUCGAGUCAGUCAACACUCGAGUGUACAUAGCUGAAAAUUAUACAGAUUACAAAAUACGACAUAUUUUUUACAAAAAUUUCAUUAUGUUAAAUGGAAUAAAAUUAGAUCGACAGUCA